CUAUCUCCACUUAUCAUUUGACACUCGAGUGGUGCAGUGUUCUAUGAUAUGUCAACAGAUGGGCAGACAUGUUCACAUUGAUUAUUGUCGUACUCCGGUGGGCCAGACAUGUGGGGGGAAGGGGCUCCAGCACUGCACGGCUAGAGUGGCACCGGAACCGAUGAGACCGAAGGAUUUCGUGAGUCACAAGUUGUAUUGGAGGCGCACCGGUUUCAAAGAUCCUUACUCAAACGAAGAUCGGGAUGCAUUCGCCAAGUGCGACGCCAUUUGUAUGGACAGGGAGCACCAGACCGAGGCGAACAGCUCCGCUCAGCCAUCUUACUGCACUUUGCCCAUUUUCCAUGCGUCCCUUAACCCUGCAAGGACACCUCCAGGCGGUGUUGGGUAUAUCUCUGGUGAUGGGCAUCAUUUCAGCUGCCAUAACCCUGCUCUUCUUCAGCAAGCAUUCUAUGUGUGAAUAUCCAGUGUGCUGCGCCUAUUACUGGAGUUUUCUAACUUGUGGCUUUUAGCAUCUUCGUUAUUGACAGGUGGGGACGC